CCGCGCCUUAGUCUGCCCUUCGCCGAGGUAUGAGGAUACCGUGGUCCGUUGUGCACCUUACUUAAGCGGUCCUUGCUAUUGAUAUCAACAUACUGUGUACAGGAUUAUUGUUUCCUCCAACCAGGGACCAACUUAUGCGGCAUAACGGCUUGCUGUGAGCGGUUGUGACACUGGAUUGUUUGCAAGCGCGGAGUGUUGGGGCGUCCGUCAACUGUGCGCUAGCUGUGCUGCCACGGAUUAUUUGCCGGUUGUUUUCGUGAACGGAUACGUUACGUUUGGCUACGAGUGUUCUGUGUUGAAAGCUUCUUGUGCCGAUUGCAACGGCAGCGUGUGACUCACGAUCAAGUUUCUUGAACAGCUGCAUCGAGCAAGCGAGGGCUACCGGCCGCAUACCACGGCGUCCUCCGUUGUUCGCUGAGCAUCCUGGGAAAGGAGGUGCUCGCUCUCUCCCGUGCACUGACCUUGCUUCGACUUGCACCACCCUGUCUUGAAGGUGCUCACUUGGUGAAAUCUUCGGCGAUUGUCUACUAGCUCAACUUGGAUUACAUUUGGAUUUGUCGUCUCCUUGUUUCCGUUCGUUGCGUACGUGGGCUUCUCUUUGUGAUUUUGGUGGUUUUGUCGGAUACCGUUUCAGCGUGCACAAGUGACUCAUCGUGGCUCCGUGUACGGUCUACUAAACCCGGAUUUACGGCAAAGCUGAUUGGAUCGAUGAAGUUACUCAUAUUACCAAGAACCAGUCAAGGUUGAGGGGCUCCUGCCUCCCCUCGCAUCCUUGCCCAUGAAGAAACGGGACAAGUGGAGGGGGUCGCGGCCGCUCUUUCCCCCGGGCUUGGGACCCCCCACGGGUGGAGGUACUGCAACCCUGCUAUGGGUCCUGUUGUUGGUCCUUGUGUCCUCGGCGGCGGCGGCGCCCAAGAACAGCACGGCUCAGGAGCUGAAGGACGGAAGGGCAGAGUAUGUCUCCUUCUCGGACAAUGCAACGGAGAAGUUCCUCCACUUGACAGUCAGCGACUACACAGGACAUGUGUAUGUAGGAGCUGUCAACUACAUCUACCAGCUGUCAUCCAAUCUGCAGCUACUUGUCAAAGUGAGAAUGGGCCCCGAAGACGACGAUCCAGGCUGUCCCGUCACUCGACACUGCCCGUCCAUUACCAAGAAGAAGACAGACUAUUACAACAAGGCCCUGGUCAUCGACUACAUCCAGAGCAGACUCAUAUCCUGCGGAUCGCUCUUUCAAGGCGUCUGCACCGUACAUCGCCUGGAUAACAUCUCUGACGCCAGGACUCCCGCCAACGAGUCUGUGGUCGCCAACAAUGCGACGGCCUCUACGGUUGCCUUCAUCGCCACGGGGCCGCCACAGCUCUCUCGUAUGCACGUCCUGUACGUAGGCGUCUCGUACACCGGCAACGGACCGUACCGGUCGGACGUUCCCGCCGUGUCCUCUCGCAGCUUGGACUUGACCAACGAUACUUUCUCCAUUGCCGUUACCGGCGUCAGCACGGGGACGAAAGUGUUUGUCAACAGUUUAGCGCGAGAAGUGUUUCCCAUAACUUAUAUCUACGGGUUUAGCUCUAAAGAUUUUUCCUACUUCCUCACCGUUCAGAAGAAGUCCACCGAGGAACCCAAGCCGUACAUCUCAAAGCUCGUGAGGAUAUGCCAGAAGGACGUUCAUUACUAUUCCUACACCGAGGUGGAGCUAGUGUGUCGCGAGCCAGAGGGCAUCCAUUACAACCUGGCCCAGGCGGCCUUUGUGGGCAAGCCUGGCUCGGAGCUGGCCAUGUCGUUGGGCAUCACCGCUCAGGACGACGUGCUUUUUGUGGUGUUUGCGAAAAGCCGGGACGAGACGGACGUGUACAACAGACCGGACUCCAAGUCGGCCCUCUGUGUGUAUGCCUUGACGGCGGUGCAUAGGAAGUUCACGCAGAACAUCAACAAUUGUUUCAACGGAUCUGGUGUGCGCGGAUUGGACUUUAUUAAUCCCAGCAACCAAUGUCAUCAUACGCAAGUCCAAAUCAACGACGACUUUUGCGGGAUGGACGUGAAUACUCCGCUGGACGGUAGCAUGCCCAUCGUGGCCAGUCCAGUGCUCAACUACACGAACGUCCUGCUCACUUCCGUCGCUGCCGUCUCGACGCACGACUACACCGUCGUCUUCAUGGGCACGGCCACAGGACACCUGAAGAAGGCCGUUGUCGAGUCUGCCACCUACGCCAACGAGUACAGCGACAUCGUCAUUGAGGAGGGCAAGGCCGCGAACGCCGACAUGCUGUUCGACAAGAAGCUGAAGUUCCUCUACGUCAUGACUGAACGGAAGGUCACCAUGGUGAACGUACAGGAAUGCCAUCAGUACAAGUCCUGCAAUGGCUGUUUAGGAGCUAAGGAUCCUUACUGUGGCUGGUGUUCUCUAGAAAAUAAGUGCAGUUUAAGAAGUGAAUGUGCCGAAGCUGCCCAAGAUCCUCUGUACUGGCUUUCGUACAAAAGUGGCAAAUGCACCACCAUUGACAGCGUGCAGCCGGAACAGAUACAGAGGACAACUGCCCGUAUAUUGACGUUAGUGAUCAGCAACCUGCCAGUGCUGGAAGGAAACUUCGUGUGCUCCUUUAGCGUACUAAACAAAGUAUUGGAGACAAACGCGACUCGAUCUGCCCAGGGAGUCACCUGCGCCACACCGCACACGGACUCCCUCCCUCCAAUCCCACCUGGCCAACAUCAUUUCACGGCGAAACUCUCCGUGAAGAUGAAGAGCAAUCCAGACUUUGUUGCCACAAACUUCACCUUUUAUGACUGCAGUACUUAUACUUCGUGCACACAGUGUGUAUCUAGUCCAUUUCCAUGUGAUUGGUGCGUCGGCGGUCAUCGCUGUACGCACGACACCGGGGAGAACUGCCGCAACGACAUUCUGGUUACCGGGGUGUCGAGUGUAGGUCCUAGUAUUCGUUCAGGCCCUGGCUUUUGUCCGAGGAUUAAUGCCACCACUGGGACAUCGACCGAAAUACUCGUCCAGAUGGGCAUCAACAAGCGCAUCCCAGUCAAGGUGGAAAACAUUCAGCCGUUCAUUGCGUCAACACGGUUUGUGUGCCAGUUCAAUAUCGAAGGCCGAGUGAAGCAAGUCAACGCGCAGUUGCUUGGCGACAUCAUCUACUGUGACAGCAUGAAGUUUGUGUAUGGAGCACCUACUCCAAACAUCACAGCGGCAUUUGCUGUCAUCUGGGAAGGGAGCAAGCCCUUGGACAAUCCAGAAAAUAUCCACGUCUUGGUUUACCGGUGCGAGAACAUGUCCGAGAAUUGUGGCAUGUGCCUGGAGCUUCCUGAGAAGUACGCUUGUGGCUGGUGUCAAGAGAGCAACAUGUGCAAAGUCCAGGACCAGUGCGACGACCACACCACCAAGUGGCUGGAGCGCACGCAAACGUGUCCAGACCCGCAAAUAACAGAGAUCUUCCCCACUUCUGGACCAUGGGAAGGUGGUACCAAUAUCAGCAUCAAGGGUAUUAACCUGGGCAGAGUGUUCAAGGAUAUCCAGAACGGGGUCGUCAUUUCCCAGGAGGUACACAGCGUCUCUUUGGCGCAGAUACCCUGCAUUCCCCACGAAGAUCUCUAUGUCAAGACUUCCAGAAUUGUGUGCGAGAUUGAAAGUCCUCGGAACCUGACGACCAGCCCUUCAAGCGGGACCAUUUCGGGACCCGUGGUUGUCAAGGUGCUCAACGAUUAUGUCGCGAAGUCGAAGCAGAAUUAUUCUUUUGUGCAUCCGCGAAUCACGUCUAUUAAUCCGAGCAAAGGGCCCAGAUCGGGAGGAACCCGGCUGAUGAUCUGGGGUCUCCACAUGGACGCUGGCAGUCAUGCAGAAGCAUACGUCGGGGGAAUGCCGUGCCACAUUAUCAACCGAGAACCGAACGUGGUAGAAUGCAAUACGAGCGCAUCGGGAGUGUACCACGAGGGAAAAGUACGCGUCAAAUUCGACAAGGGCCUGCGAACGUUCGAAGACUACGUCUACCUCUACGUAGAGGAUCCCAUCAUCGACCACGUCGAGUCCGGCUCGGCCGGACAGAAAGGGGUCCCUCGUGGAAUUCCGAGUGGGGGCAUAACUGUGACGGUGCGAGGGAAAAACCUGAAUGCUGUGCAGGAGCCCAUGAUGUAUAUCACUCUGGACGGUGAAGAACACUACAGUAGAUGUAUCCCUGACUCCGCGCAACAAAUGAAGUGCAAAAGCCCAACGGUGCCGAAGGACAAGCUCCGCUUCAGCAGCGGCGACGGCCCGAUGGAGCUCGAAUAUGGGUUCCGCAUGGACAACGUGCAGCGGGUGCGCGACCUGAGCGCCACCAAGGGCUUCCCAAAGUUCCAGAUGUUCCCAGACCCGGAGUAUUUCCAGUUCACGGAGAAAGACCAGAUCAAGUACUACAAAAGUGACUACCUCACCAUCAAUGGGAACAACCUGGACCGCGCCUGCCAGGAGUCCGACGUGAUCGUCCGUAUUGGGACCAGCUUCUGUAAUGUAACUUCGCUGUCUCGAGUACAGUUGACGUGCAGGCCUCCCACAGACCAGCCUCCUGCUCAGGACAAGAAUGGAAAUCCCGACCGGGGCCAGAUACCGCAAGUUAUUGUGGAGGUAGGAGACAAGCUCAAGUUCACCAUCGGCCAGCUGAGCUACGACGUCCCAGCGGGACCCGACAGCGCUCUGCCACGACCCGUCAUCAUCGGAGUCACGGCUCUCGGCGCCUUCUUGUUGAUCGCUGUUAUCUUCAUCUUGAUUGCAUAUCGACGGAAGUCAACCGAGAGCAGCAGGGUGCUCAAAACCAUGCAGGAGCAAAUGGAUGUGCUGGAGCUCAGAGUCGCCAGCGAGUGCAAAGAAGCCUUUGCCGAGCUACAGACAGAAAUGACAGAUUUGACCAGUGACAUGACAGCGGGUGGAAUUCCUUUCCUGGACUACAAGGCUUACACCAUGAAGGUCCUAUUUCCCAGCGCAGAGGACCACCCCGUACUAAAAGAAAUGCAGGUUGAUCCGGUGAAGAAGCAGUACAUGGAGAAAGGCCUCUGGCAGUUUGGCCAGCUAGUCAUGAACAAAACAUUCCUGCUGCUUUUCAUCAGGACACUAGAAUCCAACCGAUACUUUUCCAUGAGAGACAGAGUUAGUGUGGCAUCACUGAUUAUGGUUACCCUCCAAGGCAGAAUGGAGUACUGCACAGACAUCCUCAAGACCCUGCUCGCCGAGCUGAUUGAGAAGUGCAUAGAAGGGAAAAGCCAUCCAAAACUGCUUUUACGAAGAACUGAGUCUGUAGCAGAGAAAAUGCUUUCAGCUUGGUUUACAUUCCUACUGUACAAGUUCCUACGGGAAUGCGCUGGUGAGCCAUUGUUUGUGCUCUAUCGAGCCAUCAAGCAGCAGGUGGACAAGGGUCCUGUCGAUGCAAUCACCAGCGAAGCUCGGUACUCACUCUCGGAAGAGAAACUUAUACGUCAGUCCAUCGACUAUAAGAGCAUGACUGCGUACGUAUCAAUAGCACAGUUGAGCUCCUACAUGACUCCCAUGGAACCGUUUGGGGACAAUUGCGACGCUCCAGUCAAGGUUCUGGACUGUGACACGGUGUCUCAGGUGAAAGAGAAGGGACUUGAUGCCAUCUACAAGAACACACCCUACUCACAGAGGCCCAGCAAGGAGGGCUUAGACCUCGAAUGGAAGGCAGGCAACACAGGGAGGCUGAUUCUUUCCGAUGAGGAUUCAACUACAAAGGGAGAAGGCGAGUGGAAGAGACUCAACACUCUCGCUCACUACAAGGUUGGAGAUGGAGCCAGUCUGACCUUGGUUCCCAAGCAAUCUUCAAUGUAUAACCUCUCCAUCAUGUCCGAGAAGAUGGAUAAGCACAAAUAUGAAACCCUCAACUUCUCGUUGAAGACAAGCCCCCCACUAAGCCGCGCCACGUCACCGUUGAACCAUGACCCGGAGACCGGCUACAAGUACUGGCAUCUAGUGAAACACCAUGAUGGUGAAAACAAAGAAGGGGAAAGGGGCAAUAAGAUGGUGUCUGAGAUUUACCUGACAAGGCUUCUAGCAACAAAGGGCACACUGCAAAAAUUUGUGGAUGAUCUGUUUGAGACCAUCUUCAGCACGGCACAUCGGGGAAGUGCACUUCCGCUUGCCAUCAAGUACAUGUUUGACUUCCUAGACGACCAGGCGCUGCAACAUGGCAUCACAGAUCCAGAGGUGGUCCACACGUGGAAGUCCAAUAGUUUGCCUCUUCGUUUCUGGGUGAACUUGAUCAAGAACCCGAACUUCGUAUUUGACAUAGUCAAGUCCAACAUAGUGGACUCCUGCCUGUCGGUGGUGGCUCAGACCUUCAUGGACGCGUGUUCUACGUCCGACCACAGGCUGGGCAAGGACUCACCCAGCAGUAAGCUGCUCUAUGCCAAAGACAUACCUGUCUACAAGGACUGGGUCGAGAGGUAUUACCAAGAUAUCAAAAAUAUGCCUGCCAUAAGUGACCAAGACAUGAAUGCCAUGCUCGCGGAAGAGUCGAGGCUUCAUGCCCAUGAGUUCAACACUAAUGUCGCUCUACAUGAGCUGUACAAGUAUGCCUACAAGUACACAGACCAAUUGAUUCAGACACUAGAAGAAGACGAGUUCUCGCAGAAGAACCGGCUCGCCUGGAAGUUGAACCAGGUGAACGCCAUCAUGAACGGAGAGUCAGAAGCGUGACGCUCACACUGGCAUUCGGUGGAUGUGUGACACGACGGAGCCUUCUGCAGUGAACACCCACCCAUCCAACAAACAAACCUAGGAACUGCAACAACAAAGCAAACAUAGAUGGAAGGCGAGAAAGGAAUAGGCGAAUCUCCUCCUCCCGACACCCUCCAUUGCUCGAUUAAUUGAUGAGUUCGUUCGUAUGCUUCUUUUUUUUUUUUUAAUUUGUUGCGUCAUACCUUCACUGUUUGCCAGGCCUUCAGUUGUCGCGCUCCUCCCCUGUUUAGUGGCGGAGCAAGCAGACUUUCGUUAGCGGAGUGUUGUGAGAACAACUUGUGCGCAACUUUACCUCGUCUCGAGUAGAGCAUCGUGCAUUCCUCAUCUCUUUUUUUUUUCUCUCUCUCUCUCUCUUUUAUCCUUGCAUUUGAGUUUGACAGAUCAGUUAUGCCUCCUGUUUUUCACCCCAUUUUUUUAAAAUGUCCUUUUACUUUGAUAGUUCUUAGCUCUGUCAUUUUAUAUUCCUCGCAGUGGAAAGUGUCUGCAUCAUGUCGCUUGACACGUCUCCUUCCAUUCCUAUUCUCACGUGCAAAGCUUUCUUCUUGGAAUCUGUGUUGUUGUUUUCUUUUUUUUUUCUUCUUCUUCUUUUGUGAAGGACAAGGAAACUAGCUUUUUGCGUGCAAGCGGACAAAAACGUUGUCUCACAUCGCCAUACAUAUAUAUUUUGAGGUAGAAUACACGAGCGUAUCUACGUGCACGUUUCUCGACAUGUCUCGAGGCAACACGUUUGAAGACACUGGGGCGACGGAGACGGACGCUGGCGUGUCGCUUUUUCAUCCCCCCUUCACUGAAAACUGUGAUUGAUCGAAGACAAGAUGCCACCUUUUGUGUUGUGUGUGUAUGUGUGUGCGUGCGUGUGUGUGCAUGCGUGCUGGAGAAGAACGUCGUACUGCUACUCAACAUAUCAACGUGUGUCGACCACUUCAGUCGCGCGCCAUGGCUGGAGACUGUGGCACGCGCCAAAGAGCAAAAAAGAAAAGAAGAAAACAAAAAGGAAGCAAGGGACUAAGUGCUGCAGAAACGAGAGAGGACAUGGGAGAGUUUGGGACCUCUUCGGACAGAUUUGGCACCGUGUACCUUUCAAUUUGUGUGAUGCAGUGUGCACAAGGAGGAAAAGCAUCGUGUGGGACGAACUCGUACUGAGAGAACAAGCGAUCGUUUUUUUUUUCGCGUUGCUUGUGGACUGUGUAAGGUGCUGCUACUAUUAUCAGUGCCUUUUUGUGACUUUCUUUUUUGCUACUGUUCAUUGUUUCCUGUUAUGUUUCCAUCAUUUUCUUUCAUGUUAGAACGCAUCUGAAUGCCAGGCACGUUGCACACACGAUGGCGCAUUUCUUUUCGUGUACAUCUAUCGAGGCCACAAGAAGGUUGCGUAACGUUUCCUUAAAAAUCUCAUUUUCAUUCCUCUGUUGUCAUUGAAACCAGACUGUUUUUACGACUGUUUUAAAUUGUUACUUUUUUAAUGGUAACUUCCGAAUACUUUCUAACACACAAUGUAAUCAGUGCGUACAACUCAAUUUAAUGCAUGCAAAAAAAUUUUUACUUUCAAAUCAUAUGCUUGACUCAUCAAAUUAAUGCAUUUAGUUUCAUUAUUACGGUGUGCUUAAUUAAAUAUUUUGGCGAUUAAUGAUUCGUGGCAUGCUGCACGUAUCUGUUUGUUUGCGUAAAUUUGCUACGCCCUCUGUAACAUUUUUUGCAUAUCACCAAUUGCAGAGGGUUACAUUGCAGAGUAGAUCUCUUGAGUGUUGUGUCUAGGGAAAUGGCAUUUACAUUAAACAUUGAGAGAAUGUUUUUUUUUUUUUUCUCUCUCUCUCUUCUGCGAGUACUUAAUUGUGUUUCUUGAGCUGGUAAUAAUGGCAGUGCGAGAACAAGUUUUUCGUGAGCGUACGAGUCUGAAAUGCCUUAAAGUGAAAAAUACUGUGACACGGAACAAAACAGAGAAUAGUAGCCUGCCUCUCUUCUGAGCCACGUGCCAAGAUGUCACAAUUGAACUCUUUUCACAUGCUAUCACGUACCCACAGACUCGUCGAAUGAAAGCGUGUGCUUGUACUUGGCAUUUCUGCAUGUUGGAGUACCCAUGGCGCAACCUUGGCAGUGUUCUUCUCAACAGUUACCCGCGUGAAUGCAACCUUGUUUCAGUUUCAGUGACGCCUGCGUUUGGACAGAUAAAAGGCUUUAUUUUUUUCGCGCGCAUUAAAAGAUACAAAGGUUGUUCCUCUAAAAGAAGAAAAGUCCUAGCAACGGAAGGACACUUCAUUGUCAGAACUCUGUGUUCUUUUGGGCGCAACAAAGUACGAUGAAGAUCAAUUUUGGGAUUGUGUUAGGACAAAGUUGCUGGGCUUUCCCUGGGCUUUGGCCUUGCCUUCUACACUGCACUUCCAUAACUAGUAUGUUUCUCAAUGUGAGACACGCAGAAAGAACAGUCGAAGCUUUUUUUUCCUUUUUUUUCUUGGUACGUUCGGGAAACACUGUUGGAAAGAACACCGGGGCAAUGUUACGCAAGUCCGCUGCGACGUGAACGGCGUUUUCUUAUUUGCAGAAUAAAGUGGAGAUGUGUUGUACUUAUAAUCCCGUGUACAUAAAGGAAAGAGUUCCAUCCUUGCUCUCCUCAAACACACUGUCUGUGUUUCCCUUUUUCCCUUCCCACAUGCUAUGGAGUAAAAAGGAAGAAAGGAGAGACAAGCUUUACUCCCCAAUGUUCUGUGGCAGACUUUGAAGAAAAAUUUCUCCUCUGUGCUUUGAAAGUGUGUGUGUGUGUGUGUGUCGUCGGCGGACUCUCUCUAUCCUUUGUGUUGUGUUCCUGCGCGGACCACCGAGGGUCAUCCGCCGGACUUUUGUACAACAAGCCAAUUUGUAAAAUAUUUAUAGCAUACAUAUUUUUAUUAUGGUAUUGGUUUAGAGAGUUCACUACCUUGCUCAAGUGAUUUCUUUCAUUAAAAGUGUAUUAAAAUGA